AUGGAUACACCCGAUUUCCAUACCGGUGAGGCAACUCACUGCGACAAACCUGCCAGCUCAAACACAACCAAGCCAAGAAAAGCCCUUCUUAAUCAACUCAUCACACUCUCGGCCGCACAAGCAGAGGAGGAGGACAUGCGGGUGGUGCUACAAUACGCCCAGAAAAGAAGCAAAUUCUAUGGUCAAUUUUACCGCCGACGGGAGGAGAUCCAGCAGCUAGUAGCCUUCCAUUGUGGGUUGACAGAUCCUAGCUCGGUACGAGUGCCGGAACUUGCUCGAUCCGAUGAUGCUGGAAGACCGCUACCAUCCAAGUUAGGAUUUCGCGUGCCUCUACCAUAUAAGCUUGGUGAGGAACCAUUCCCAGGGAACGUUGAGGAGAAGGUGCGGUCUGAGGCUGCAACAUAUAUCUGGAUUGGUGAAAACUGCCCGGAUGUGCCAAUCCCAGCACUACGAGGGUUUGGACUACCUGGUGGCCUUACUUUCAGUGAACCCAGAUCUGUUCCAUUCUGGCAGAGGAUCAAGUCUUUCAUCUGGAGCUUCGCCCGUCGUUUGUACUACGGCUCGGGUUCUCAUGCUAGUGGAUAUGUUCCAUGCAAAAGAAGAGAGAUCCUGGAUCAUGGCUAUCUUUUGAUGGAUUGGAUUGAGAAUGAUGAUCUGCAAAUGCUGUCUACCAAAUUCUCCAAGCCACACACGGUUAUGCAGGUCGAGAACUUUUAUCGAGGCAUGUCACAAAUUAUGAUUUCCAUGGCUAGAGUCUCACAACCUCGAAUCGGCUCCUGGACCAUUGAUAAGAGGGGUCAGAUCACUCUGACCAAUCGCCCCAUGCUCUGCCAUCUUCACCAGUUAGAGAACUGGUCAAUUCCGAGUGAUAUUCCACGGAGCAGGACCUACACGAGUGCUGAUAGUUUCUAUCUUGAUUUGCUUGCUGGUCAUGAUAACCGUCUGCGGUACCAGGGAAACGCUACAACAUCCGAGAUCGAUGCACGUGGACAGGCGACUGACCUUGUGCUUAUGAGGGCACUGCUCCAUCAAUUCACCAAUCGGCACCUUCGUGAUGGUCCCUUCAUCAUGCAGUUAACCGACAUGCAUGAUAGCAACAUCCUGGUGGACAAGGACUGGAACAUCAAAUAUGUCAUUGAUCUUGAAUGGGCAUGUUCUCUCCCGUUGGAUGCCCUUCUGCCGCCGUUUUGGUUAACUGGAAAGACAGUUGAUCGUCUGCACGGGGAUGAGUAUACUCGUUUCAAGGCUCAAUACAGCAAGUUUGUGGAGAUAUUCGAGCAAGAAGAGAGGAGUACAGUGCUACAUCAGGAUGGGAAUUUCUACUCCCGGGGGGCAACCAUGAGGACGGCUCUAGAAGACGGUCGAUAUUGGUAUUUGAAUGCUCUGCAGUCCCCGAAGGGUCUGUUCAACCUCUUCCGGAGGCAUCUUCAAGCACAGUUCGAUGAGGUGUCUGGCAAUGUACUCUGCGCAGGAGUAUCCCCAUUCUGGACACCAGGAAUGACUUCAUUCGUACAGUCAAAGCUGGAUAACCAUACACAGUAUCUCCAAGAGCUUGUUGGUGUUUUUACUAGUGAAAAGAGCGGUAGACCAUACUAG